GUGACGAAGUUCCACCGCCUGGUGACCAGAUCUUCUUUGAGCAAGCAUUUCAGUGACUUCCCCGAGGAGCUUCAAGACGGGCGAGCAAUCUUUGUCAUCAAGCCGUUCUCUGCCAAGAAGAUCACCUGGGACUUGCUGAUUUGUUGUAUCGUCCUGCAUGAUGGCAUCGUGCUGCCGCUGCAGCUGUUGGGCAUCGAGGUUUCCACGUCCGAUAUGCUGGCAUGGCCACUCACGCUGGCCUGGACCGUUGACCUGGUCGUGUCUAGCAUCAUCACCUUCGAGCGUAAUGAUGGCACUUGGGAGACACGAGUGCGGUAUACCUUCCGGCGAUAUUUUGCAGGCUCCUUCUUGCCUGACUUUGUGCUUGCAGCCUUGGCAUGGGUGGAGCUUCAAGUUCCUGCGGAUCUGCCGGCUCUUCCGGCUCUACCGCAUCGAGGUUCCGAACGAGCGGUGCUGUGCAUCGGCAUUUCAGGGAAGAUCAUGUGGCUGGCCGUUUUCCUCCAUUUCAUUGCCUGCCUUUGGCUCAGCCUUGGGCGGCAGGAGGGCGGCUGGGUCUCGUACCACAAACCGGGCAUCGCAGACAUCCAGCAGUACAGCAUUGCCUUCCACUGGACCCUCGCGCAGUUCCAUGGAUCCAUGGAGCUUUAUCCUGUCACGGUGGAGGAGCGCAUCUUUGCGUUCUGCUACUUGCUAAUGGCCUACAUCUUGGCCGUGGUGUUCAUAUCAAGCAUGACGUCGGCCAUGACCAGGUUGUAUCUCAUCACCGGGAUACAGGCAGGACACCAGCGCGUGCUGAGGUGGUUUCUCAUUGAUGCCUGGCCGAAUGUUCGCCACACUCAUGACUUCAUGCGUCGCGAGUACCGUGUUCCCGAAGGACAACGGAAUCUCAAGGCAGUUGACGGCGCGGAUCCAUUCGAACCUGAAGCACAGCAGCAGGUCUUUCAGACCAGGAAAGCCUCCCUUACGGCCCAGUCCCACGCCGUCCCCGAGGCUGAG